AUGGUGGAGGCAGGAGAUGAGAAGGAACCAAAGAGUAAAAGACAUUUUUUUGGGUGCAAAUGUGAAGUAAAAGACUUGCUUGUGCUCUGCGUCUUGGCUGAGGACUGCAACCAGCCAGAUUACGUCAAGUUUGUCAAAGCUCUUUGCGCUGACCACAAGAUCAAUUUGCUCACUGUUCCAACUGCAAAAACCCUCGGUGAAUGGGCUGGUGAUUACGGUGAGGAGACAACUGCUCUCAACAUCGUCAAGAAGCAUAUUGAAUCUAACUAA